GUUGAGACAAAAAUAGAUUCGGGUAUAUCACACCUUCAUCUUGCACACGUCUUCCACUCAGAAAGCUGUACCUGUACCAUACGAAUCUGGCCACAAUCAGAAAGGACCUGAGGCUAACAAACAAUCACGACGAAUUAAGUUACAAAAGGAUCGUGACGGCCUGAAAUCAUCAACAAGGCAUCUGGAACAGACCAAGAACUUUGAAUUGCUAAGCAUCUGAAAACAAAGAACCUAGAAAAAUACCAAAAACACAGAAAGACUAUCUACCACAUACUUUAUAUCCAAGAACCCGGAGGAUUAAAGCCUUAGAAUGGACAGAUACACUCAGCGCCAAUACACACACCCCAAUUUCAACACUCCAUCGCAGCUCGCGGUGGCAGUGGAAAAGGGGAAUCCCAUUGAGGAAUACCACGAGCAGCUUCAAGAUUAUACGCGUGCGAAUGCGCCAGCAGCCGUGGCUGCGGGUAUGCCGCUCCAGCGGCUCCCCACGUUGCACGACGUGAUCCAGCGCAAAACGCAGUCACCGCUCGAUUUGUGGGCAUUCUAUGUGUACAUGCGCGACCAGCAUCAUUCGAUCGACUACUUGGACUUCUGGCUCGAUGCGGCCAGCCACUUGAACCUCUGUAAACACUAUGUGAAGGGCUUAGGUGACGGUGUGUUGAACAACAAGGCGAGCUUGCAGUUUCUCGAGCGCGAGCAACUCCACAUCCAGCAGGCGCUCUGCGCAAACGAUUCGGGUUCGUUUUCGUCUCGCGACACGCCGCGCGCGUCGCCCACCGACUAUGAUCUGAGUGGUACACGACGCAGCGCUCUUCAGCCGCUCAGCGAGGGCUCCGUCGACCUCGAGUAUCUGGAAAAGAACGGCCUUGGAGAAAGCGGCUCCUUCCGUGCGCUAGAUCCCGCAGGUGUCAGGCACAGUGCCACAACUGACGACAGCCCCUACCGCUCUGUGGACUCGUCCAUUCUCUUGGAGUUGUUGAAGAAGGGGGACAUCUUCGAGGAGGACAGCAACCAUCGCUUAUCACAGUUCUUGCGCGACGGCUUGUAUAUUGAUUCUCCCCCAGAGCAGGAGCGCCCCCUUACGAAUUACUACUACCGCGACUCAACUGCGUCGGAAGAUGCGGAGGUGCUGCGCGAUGGCACCGACCACCGCCACUCCUCUGUUCCGUUGCUAGGCGAGAAUUUGUCCAACCGCUCCUUCAAGCGCAAUUCGGUAGGUAACGACCGCACUCCUGUGGAGCACAAACGCCGCAGUAAGGCGUCCAGCCGUCGCAUUUCAUCUCUCAACCCCGAGAUGCUCGAGCGUGCGCUCGCGAAAACGGACGACGCAACCACUCGUCUCGUCACGCGCGACCACCUUAAGGAAUCCUCGCGCCACAUUCUCCUCACGUACUUCGUUGACAAUGCGCCGAAGAAACUCUUUCUUCCGGAAUAUAUCACCACAGAGGUGGUGAAGGCGAUCGAGAUCGAAGGAAGGGACGACCCCGAGGUGUUCAGUUUAGCUAAGGACUGGGUCUUCAACGCGAUGCAGGACGAUGCCUUCCCUGGCUUCCUAGCCAGCUGCGGUAUCUGCAAUAUAACCAAUAAGUCGUACCUUGUGCGCAUCGUACUCGGCAUGUUCUUGUUGUUCUUGACCUUUUGGUUGGGCUACGCAAUGAUUUUUCUCGAAACCAAGAAGCACGAUCGCGUGCCCAUCUUCAUCCCCUUCUUCGUCUCUUUUUACUUGAUCCUCAGUGCCUUAUACUACCUCUGUCCCGUGAUGGUCUUCUGCGGCUUGGCCGAGAGCCCUGCGCUCAGGUGGGGUAUCAUCCGCUUGAAGGAACCGUUCAUCAAGACUUUGUUGCGCAAGCGCUCUGUGUUUAUCUUGUGUUGGAUGGUAUUUUUGACUGCCGCAUUCAGUUUGGUCUUUAUUCUUGUCCCUGGCGCCCGCUUGUGAACCCUGCAUGGUAUCCCAGACGAAACAAGGUAUUGAUCUAGGAAGUAAUCAAUGCUCAUUUUUCGGGUAAUCCAUUGAGCUAGUCUAGCGGCAAUUGAAAUAGAUGUUCAUAUCACUUAAUAUCUAAAGACUAUUAUUGAAAAGAAGGGUUUAAUAAGGGACUAAUAGUUUCAUUUCUUAAACAAAUAUGCACCCCGUAAG